AUGGUAGGAACCGAGGCGCUUGAGAAUGCAGUUGCCAUUCCGCGGCUUGCGGAGCUAUUACGACAUCCGGAAGACUUGGAUAAGAUACCUUCAUUGAAACUCGAAUACCAGCGCAAGAAGGCGGCGGUAGACGCGCAGCUACGCGAAGGUCUGCGAGAUCAACUCGAACAUGUGCAGCAAAGCUUGGCUGUUCUGACUGAAGGCCAGCGUCAGGUCUCAAAAACGCGCGAUGAGCUCCAAGGUAUCGAUAAAUUAUGUGCCGAGUCGCAGGCGACGGUGGAAGACUUCUCGCAAAUCGACAAGCUCGCAAGGAUACAACGGAAUUUUGAAGCUGUGGUCAUGAUGAAAAAGGGACUGGAGAAUUUUGGGUCAGAUCUUGCAAGGGCAGAAGAUUUGCUUCGUGAUGAUGAUGAUGAUCUCGAGAACCAGCCCAAUCUCCUCAAAGCGCAUAUGUUGAUAUCCCAGUUGCGGGAUUUUCGUGAUGAGGCUCUGGACCAAAUCAGAAGAGCCAGGGAUCAGAGUAGUGAGACCACGCUGCUUGAUUACUUCCAGGGUCUCGACUCAGUUAUCGAUUGGUUUGAUGACCACGUGGGAACCGCCUGUAUGAAUCUCAUUCCACUUCUGCAGUCGGACAACAACGGCAUGGUAGUGAGACUGGCUAUUGUAAUCGCGAAGGAGGAGAAAAAUGAUGCUCAGGUACGAGCUCUGCAGGAGGCUCAGAGAGAUCAUGAGGAACUUGCAAACAGAUUCAACUCUAUGAACAUAGGACCAAAGACGGUUAGAGGCUACAAAGAAAAGUUUAUCAAGGCUAUUGAGUUUUACGCCCAAAGCCAGUUUGAUGCAAGCAAAGAAGACUUCCUGGGAGAUCCCGAUAGUCUUGAGAAGAGCCUCAAGUGGUUCUUUAACGAUUUGUUCACCGUCCAGCAAGGGAUGCAACAGCUCAUGCCGAAGAAGUGGAAGAUAUACAGUACAUAUAAAAAUAUAUACCACCAGAUGAUGCAUGAUUUCUUUAUUGGGCUUGUGGAUGAUCCCGAAUUACCGCCAGACAACUUACUGGUCAUUCUUCAUUGGUUGCCGAAAUAUUACAAGAAAAUGUCAAAGCUGGGCUGGAAACCAGCGGAUUUGACGCCGAAUAUUCUGGAUGACCGCGAGCCUGAGCUGAUUCGCCAAUGGCAGAGCGUCAUCCUCAAUGCUGUGGACGAAUGGAUGAAUCGUAUCUUCGCUACUGACAAGAAAGCACUUCUCGAGCGUUCCUCUGACGCCUUGGAGACGAAUUCAGAUGGCUACUUCCGCACCAAAACAUUGGGAGAUAUGUGGCGAAUGCUCAACGAACAAGUCGGCGCAGCAUCGGCAUCUGACCGCGCCGAUGUCAUAGAAGGCAUCAUGGACUCGAUGUUCCGAGCUUUGAAAUCUCGACAAACAGAUUGGCAGAUAGUUUUUGAUGAAGAGUGUGCCAAAUAUAGCAACGCCAGCCCAGAGCAUGUGGAAGGUUUGCAGCCUCUACAAGACUGGUUGGUUGCCGUGGCAAACGAUCAGAUUGCAUGCAUUGACGACAAUGAAGAAACCGGGCAAGUCGGCUAUCUCACUCGGUUCAAACGUGAUAUCGAGUCGCUUGUUACUCCAAACUACAUGGAUGAACGAGCUGCAGUUGAAAUCGACGCUCUUCGAAACGGAUAUGUGGAUCUAAGCACUCACUGCCUCAGUCAAUUUGUCAAUCUUAUCUUCGAAGUCGAUUUCCGCACCACACUUCCUGAUUUCUUCACUGCCAAAUGGUACGGAGAAUUUGCAAUCAAGCGAAUGACCUCAACUUUUGAGGACUAUAUUUCAGACUAUGGAUCUAUUUUACACCCUUCGCUCACGGAAAUUUUAAUUGAAGAGCUAUCAGACGAGCUUCUCGUACGCUAUUUAUCUGCAAUUCGCAACCGCGGGGUCAAAUUCCGCCGCCAGGAUCCUUUCACAGAGAAAUUCAAAGACGACAUCCUUACCGUCUUUGAUUUCUUUCAGAAAUUCCCCGACUCAUUUCAAGCCACCAUUAAAAAUAAAUGGCGGCUUGUCGACUGGCUUGUUCGGCUGCUAGAAGCCGAAAAGGGUGCUGGAGUGGUGAAUGUGUACGAGGCAUUGAAGUACGAGUAUUGGGACUUACAGCUGUCCUGGGUAGAGGCUGUGCUUCGCACGCGUGACGAUUUCGAGCGUUCAAUGGUCAGUUCUAUCAAAGCUAGGGCUGCAGAAUUGAACGUUGAGAGGGGCCUAGAGACGAUUAUGAGUAAAGUGAGGUAG